AUGACAGUGUCCUACACUCUCAAGGUGGCAGAGGCGCGCUUUGGAGCCUUCUCCGGCCUGCUCCUUCGUUGGAGGGGCAGCAUCUACAAGCUCUUGUACAAGGAGUUCCUGCUCUUCGGUGCUUUGUAUGCCGUACUCAGCAUCACGUACCGGCUGUUGCUGACCCAGGAGCAGAAGCAUAUUUAUGCCCAGGUGGCCCGAUACUGCAACCGCUCAGCAGACCUCAUCCCCCUGUCCUUCGUGCUGGGUUUCUACGUGACUUUGGUGGUGAACCGAUGGUGGUCUCAGUACACAAGCAUCCCACUGCCUGACCAGUUAAUGUGUUGUUCUCAGCCCUGUGUGCACGGUGUGGACCAGAGUGGCCGUUUACUACGCCGAACUCUCAUCCGCUAUGCCAACCUGGCAUCCGUGCUGGUGCUGCGUUCCGUGAGCACCCGUGUGCUCAAGCGCUUCCCCACUAUGGAGCACGUGGUGGAUGCAGGUUUCAUGUCUCAGGAAGAGAGGAAAAAGUUUGAGAGCUUGAAAUCUGACUUACAAGUACUGGUCCCUUGCGUCUGGUUCACUAACCUCGCCGCGCAGGCCCGCAGGGAUGGACGAAUCCGUGAUGACAUUGCUCUCUGUCUCAUACUGGAAGAGCUGAACAAGUAUCGUGCCAAGUGCAGCAUGCUGUUUCACUAUGACUGGAUCAGCAUCCCCCUUGUCUACACCCAGGUGGUGACGAUAGCUGUGUAUUCCUUCUUUGCCCUUUCCCUGGUGGGCCGACAGUUUGUGGAGCCAGAAACGGGGGCUGCCAAAGUUCAGGAGUCUCUGGAUUCAGGGAAGGAGCCCUCUCCAGCCCUGGGGGACCUGGACAUGUUCGUGCCUCUUACCACAUUGCUGCAGUUUUUCUUUUAUGCUGGUUGGCUCAAGGUAGCCGAACAGCUCAUUAACCCCUUUGGUGAGGAUGACGAUGACUUUGAGACCAACCAGCUCAUAGAUCGAAACCUGCAGGUGUCCCUGCUCUCUGUGGAUGAUAUGUACCAGAACCUGCCUCCUGCCGAGAAGGAUCAGUACUGGGAUGAGGCCCAACCUCAGCCACCCUAUACGGUGGCCACAGCCGCCGAGUCACUGCGUCCUUCCUUUCUGGGUUCCACCUUCAACCUGCGCAUGAGCGACGACCCUGAGCAGUGCCUGCAGGUGGAGGCGUCCCCAAGGUCCGACCUGCCGGCACCCUCCACGCAGACCCCGCUGCUGGGCCGCUUCCUGGGCACAGGAGCACUGUCACCAGCUGUCAGCCUGCGGAACUUCGGCCGAGCGCGCGGUGCUCCCAGGACGCCGCACCUGCUUCGCUUGCGGACCGAGUUGGGUGGCGAGGAGGCUGCAAGCCGUAUAGAUGAGGCUGAGGAAUCUGGGGAUGAAGCCCUGGAACCUUGA